GACAAGCCUAAGACCAUGCCCAUUUCUUCCUCUAUUGUCCAUGAAGCUCCUCAUGAGCUUAAGCAGGAAUCAGUCCCGUCCCAUUUUGACGCCUCCACCCUCCCAGUAGAGGCAAUGUUUCCCCCUGCUAGGGACAGGAUUUCUGUGUCUUUAGGACUUCCCAAAAACUCUUCCAAACUUGUCAAAAUGAAUUAUAACAAACCUACCCCCAAAACACGCUCCAAGCCCUUAAUCAAACCUGUGGGUUGGGUCUCACCCAAUACUUGGGACAGUCGCAACUGUGGUGAGAUAGAGGGUGAUUAUGUAGAUCUGCUUGAUUUUGCAAAGGACACAGAGGCUUUCGAUAAACCUGACAGCCACCCAAAUUCUCCUGGUCCCAUUUCAUUCAAACCGGUUCGGCCCCCUCCACCUAUACCAGCAGAGAGAAGUGCCCACUGUGGACGUACCCUGAGGUAUGCAGAGCAGCCUUGUUCACCAUGCAGCCAGAGGAAGCUGGGGCAUGAGCCCACUGAUCCAGAGUUGAAGUGCCGGUACAGAGAUUCUUACCUGGCAGCAUUGCGAAACCCAAUCACAUUCGAGAAGGUAAGUACAGACCUCCUGACUGCUCUGGAAGAGGUUGGGCUUUUUGAAGAAGGGCAGUUUGGACCCAAAGGUACAAUUGUAACUCAAGGGAAUGAGCUACAGGACUCUUGUGACCACUGCAAAGAACCUACAGUGUGUCAUGAGCCACACCAGAAUGAACAAUGCUGUAUAACAACACAGGGGAACUCUGUAUCUCACCUCAAGCAAACGUCCACAAGUGAUGUAUCAGGAAACUCUGAGAGGGAUUUGCCCACGGUUUAUAAAUUGACUCCAGGGGGAAGUCAUAGCCAGGACAUGCAGGAAAAUUUGAUUUCCCAACCAACAGGACAUGAAUCCAUUGUGCAUCCAAUACCAGAUGCUCCUCAUCCGAUUUUGGAGACCCUUGACAAUAAUGUUAAAUAUCAGAUAGUGGAGGUUGUUAAACCUUUGGGGAAGCACAAAGCUAAGCUAAGGUCUCUGUCAGCGGUGUCAGAAACAUCCAAAGGGAGUCCACAUCUUCAUAAAGCAGGCACCAGGAGCCAUAGUGACGUUUGCCCUGAAAUGAUCCCAAGCAUUUUGCAAUGCAAGAAAACCACAGCCCUUGGUCUAAUAACUCCAAAACUGGAGAGAUGGCAGUCUCCCAAAAAUGAGUCUGAAUCUGGCAAGAGCGAAACACCUUCCACUACCGCUGGACUGGCCUCUAAACUCCAGGAUGUGAAGAGAGACAAGCCAUCAUCUCCUCAAGCCCAGCUGGCCUCCCUGAAUUCUGAUGUCCCCCUUUCCCCCCAAUCUCAAGAAUCCCCUUUCAGAAGCAUCAGUGGCCUUCUUCAACUUGGCAUAAUCUGUUUACCAGGUGGCAGAGACAAAACAGGGAGAGCGGUUGUGGAGGUGUAUGCCGACAGAAAGGAAUGGACAUCCCCUCUGGUAUCAGCCCAGGACGUCUGUAAGCUGCUGCUCUACCUACACUCCAUACCCAGGAAAGACAUCCGAGAUCUGGGAAUGACUUUGGUACUUGAUGCCAGGAAGAAGACCCCUCCUCCUCUCCUACACAAAUCCCUGUUGAUGGCCCAGGAGCAAGCUCUUCAUGCUGUCCACAGUAUCGUGAUGCUAGUGGACAAAGACACCUGUCCUCGCCCUGAAAGACAGCAUGGGUUACAGAUGGAUGUGGUGACCUCUUUAAAGGCCCUGAACAAGAUGGUGGAGGGUUCCCAGCUGACCUCUGAACUGGCCGGGACAUUUACAUACAGCCAUGCUGAUUGGCUGCAGUUCCAUCAGCGGCUGGUUUCUUUCAUGACCGACCUGCAAGGGGCGGAUGGUUUGCUCCAGAGGGCCAUCCACAAAGUGGAUGGCAACAAAAAAAUGGACACUGCUCAGGACGUGCAGCAAUGCAUCCAGGAACAGAAGGCCUUGAUGAAAGAGGUGUUGGAAGAUUCCCGGCUAGUCACUCUUCAGAGAGAGGGUGGGGCCGUGCUGGCCAGAAUGAGGAGAGAGGAGUUUCGGUUUCCACAGUCAGAGGACUACAGAGAUGCUCUAGAGUCAGUUACGGGUCUGUAUAACCAAGUGGAAGAGAAGGUCCACACACUUGUGAUGAGAUCUAAUGAAUCCCUGCAACACCUCGAGUUCCUCUUCAGGCUCAGAGAGAUUGAGGGCAAAAUCCACAUGGAUGGGACGUGGUUCAACAUAGAGGGGGAGCAGAGACUAAAGGCCUCCAACCCGACUGAUGAAUCCCUGAAAAGCUUCGAGAAGGCCUUGCAGCACUUUGACUCUUUUCUCAAACAAGUUAAGGAGAAAAAGCAGCAUGCCAUGAUGCUAGUGACGGAGGCAGAGAGCAUUCUGGGGAUGAGUGACUCCAGCCCCACGACAGAUGUAUUUCGAACUGUGGUCAGCACUUUUAAAUCCAAUGUGGACGACUUCCUGUUGCGGGCAGAACAAAAGCAUAAAGAACUGGACACAUUGGUGUAUUUUUACCGCUUUUGUGAACAGGCAUCAGCCCUGGCCAAAGAAUGUUGUCAUUAUCUGGAGCAAGUAGAGAAAGGGUGUUACCCGGCUAAGACUUUUCUAAGUACACUCAAGAUGUAUGAGGAGAGAUUAGCUGGUGAAUUCUCAACCCAGCGCUUCCAGGCUGUGAAAGCCAAGGCCUGUGCCUUGGGAUCAGGGGCGAUGAAGAUGUGGAACGCAUCCCAGGUUCAGUACCAAGAAGUCAUUCAACGUCUGGCGGAGAGAAAGAAAAAGAAGAUGAAUGGCGUAGAUAAGAACCAGAGCCAGCAUGCCACAGCUGCAGUCUCUCAGGGGAAAUCAGAAGUGCCAGGGAGGGAGGUGGGGAAGAGGGAAAUAGGGGAGGCUGGUUCCUCCUUGACCCGAGAGACGGAGCUGGACAGUAUCUCAGAGGCUCUGAAGGAAAGCAGAGACAGUGGUGCCAUGGAAAGCACCAAUGUUGUAUUUUCAAACCAUUUGAAAUCUGACUUGAAAGAAAGCAAAGAUGCCAUUACACAACAGUUACAUGAAACAACAGUAAAACAAGAAAAUGCUGAUCUGAUACUGGUUGCGCCACAAAAUGCUGACUGCAAUUUCGGGGUCAAAUGGAGGCCAAGAGAGCACCACAGUGAGGCAGACCUCAGGCAGGUAGACUCCACGAGCCACGGAAGGGAGUUUCCAUUGCACCAAGCGUUAGGUCGUUCCCUCAGUGAAGGGUCAUGUGUGAGCUCCCCUCUGUCAUCCACUUCUGGUUUCUCACCUUUCACUAUGGGACUCAACCACUGCCGGAUUGGGACACACCCACUGAGACUGAGUUUGCAGACCACUGCCAAAAAUGUACUCAUCUCUGGCAAAGAAAGUUUCAUCUCAGGUCACUCAUGCUUUGAGUCAAAUAAGGACAAUAACAGUGUAAAAGAGGAUGAUCCCGGCCAGGAAUCUUUUGUCCCUGGUCACAACCUUCAAGAUUCGUCACUACAAGAGGGAUUAUUUGUAAACAAUGCACCAGCAAAACACUAUGACAAAAUUUUGAAACUGCAAAAGAUCAUAGAAGAGCUACUGUCAACAGAGAGGGAGUAUGUGAGGGCGCUGGGCUAUGUGCGAGAGCACUACUUCCCUGAGCUAGAGAGGGCCGACGUUCCCCAGGAUCUCAGGGGCCAGAGGGGGAGCAUCUUCGGCAACUUAGAGAAGCUCCAUGACUUUCACCACCAUCAUUUCCUGCAGGAGUUGGAGAACUGCGUGAAAGAGCCCUUUAGAGUGGGACGCUGCUUUCUCCGACAUAAAGACAGCUUUGCUUUGUAUGCUCUCUACAGCAAGAACAAACCCCAGUCUGAUAAUCUACUCAUCAGUCAUGGACAGAGCUUCUUUAAGGAAAAGCAGCUGCAGCUGGGAGAUAAAAUGGACCUGUGGUCUUAUUUGCUGAAGCCUGUGCAGCGAAUCAGUAAGUACAGCUUGCUGCUCCAGGACAUGGUGAGGGAGUGUGGUCCACAGCAGAGCAAGGAGAUGGCAGAGGUCCAGGCUGCCCUUGAGGUCAUCCACUUCCAGCUCCGCCAUGGCAACAAUCUGCUGGCCAUGGACGACAUCCACCAGUGUGAUGUCAACCUGAAAGAGCAAGGACAACUGGUUCGCCAAGAUGAGUUUCUGGUCACAUUCAGGAAGAAAAAGUGCUUCCGGCAUAUUUUCCUCUUCCAUGACCUCAUUCUCUUCAGCAAGACCAGGAAGACUGAUGUUGGCAAUGAUAUCUACAUCUACAAACAGUCAUUCAAGACAUCGGACAUAGGAAUGACCCACAACAGUGGCGAGAGUGGCCUGUGUUUUGAAAUCUGGUUCCGGCGGAGGAAGAGUCAGGACACGUACGUGCUGCAGGCAGCCAGCCGACAGGUGAAGGAAGCCUGGACCAAAGACCUGGAGCGGAUCCUCUGGGAUCAGGCUGUGCAUAACAGAGAGGUCCGUAUGCAGGAAAGAGUGUUCAUGGGUAUAGGAAACAAACCCUUCAUGGACAUCCAGCCCAGCGAUGCAGCCAUACAUGACAGAGCCGUCAACUAUGUGCUGAUGGGAAGAGAGGGCAAGGUGCUGGGCUCCAUGGGGGCGAGCGGCACACAGGGUGGGCCUCAUGCUGUGCGGCCAAACUCUGACGGCUCGGGCAGCAGUUCAUCUUCUGCAAGCAGUCUUUCAUCUUGCUCCUCCGGAAGAGGCUCCCUGUCCCCCAUGGGAUACUUGUGUGGGCCAAAGCAGAGGGGGGUUUCAGGGUGCCCCGGAGGAUAUGUACCUCCCCCUGGAGUGCUCGAGGAGGAUGACCUGGACCAUGAGAGUGGGAGUCAGAACCUGCUUUUGGACAGCUCGGAGUCAUCAGGAGAGAGCGUGAGCGGCUUCAGCAGUUCAGGUCACAGCUACCUCUCCGCUGUGGGAGGGGAGACGGAGGACACCACAUCCAUAUGCACCUCUACACUCACCAUAAAGGAGGCAGCACCGGCCCAUGAAGUUAAGCCCUCUACGGACUUCCAUAAACCUAACAGUCCUGCGAGGGCUUCACAGAGAACUGCACCACCAGUUGCACCCAAACCACUUCUAAACCACACCAAGGAUCUGUCCUGCAGCAAGGCUCAGAACCCAAUUGUGGGAAAAUCCACUGAGGUUUGAAUUGUUUUCGAGAUUUUGCAACAGCUCAAGAGGGGUCAAGAAAAAGCCUUACCAUGGUACCGUAUGUAGAAGACUAUCGUAACAGACUUUAUAACCAUGUUUUAUAAUGGCUAAUGUACACCAUAACCACUAUUUUUAUGCUACAACUAAACAAGCAGUUAAGGAAAAGUGUACACUUUUUGGGGGGGGAUUCCCCCCCCCCUUUUUAUCCCCAAUUGUAUCCAGCCAAUUCCCCCCACUCUUCCGAGCCGUCCCAGUCGCUGCUCCACCCCCUCUGCCGAUCCGGGGAGGGCUGCAGACUACCACAUGCCUCCUUCAAUACAUGUGGCAUCGCCAGCUGCUUCUUUUCACCUGACAGUGAGGAGUUUCACCAGGGGGACGUAGCGCGUGGGAGGAUCACGCUAUUCCCCCCAGUUCCCUCUCCCCCCCGAACAGGUGCCCUGACCGACCAGAGGAGGUGCUAGUGCAGCGACCAGGACACAUACCCACAUCAGGCUUCCCACCCGCAGACACGGCCAAUUGUGUCUAUAGGGACGCCCGACCAAACUGGAGGUAACAUGGGGAUUCAAACCGGCGAUCCCCAUGUUGGUAGGCAACGGAAUGGACCGCUAUGCCACCUGGAUGCCCCAAGUGUACACUAUUUUUUAAUAAAAAUGUGAUAUCUGCCUAUUUUAAAUCAAGCUAGUUUCAUAGCACAAGGGGCUAUUGAAAUGAUGUAAAAAAAAAAAAAAAACAGGGAAACGGUUGGUGAUCUAACCAGAUGCUCAUAUCAUGAUACUGCAAUUUGAAAACUGCAGUUCAGUUACGUGGCAAAGCCCUAUUGGUCGAACGAAACUGUUCUGUAUAGACAUCUUGUUCUCAUCGAGUCCAGCUUCCAUAGUGUGAAGAACGAAAUAAAAAAGACACUACUAAUCCAUCUCUGUCAGUGUUUUGACUUGAGUCUUCUACUUAUCUUACUUAUGAAGCAGUUUGGUAGCGCUGUACAAGUACAGUCAUCUGCAAAUAGUAUGUUUCCUAUGACAGUGAGCCAUUUUUACUAUUUUCAUUACCUUUUAUUAACACUGUUUGUGAGAACUUAAGUUUUACUGAUGUGCAGAUAUGGUAUCUACAUUUGUAGGGUUUUCCAUUUGAAAUACAGGAUGUUUGUGUUGAUAAUGCAUAUGAUUGUAGGUGUUUUUUGUUUUUCUUUACUAUUAAUGAAUUCAUGGUCAUUUGUCAUCCUGCUACUGUAUGAUAAGCCAAAACUAUUAAUCAUGAAAUAUCUGAGCACCAAUAUCAACGGCUGACUUCUGGCUACACUUUUGGACCUGCUCUAUCUGUCAGGGAUUUUUGUCACAGAUAUAUCCCAAGACAUAACAUAUUUAUAACGAGACCUGUAUGUUAGAGAAUGUUCCUGCACAUGUACGUGUAAUAAAUAAACGAGUGUAACCAGGUCA